UCCUGAUUGGCUGCGGAGCAACUCCUGCUCGCUCUUUCUCCACCCUCAUUGGGCGAGAGUCUCAGCCAGCGGUACUUCAAAGCAGGCGCUCCCCACACUUAGGCUGAGUUUAGCCGUCCAGAGACAGGAGUGUACUUAGCGCCAAGUGGGGAAAUACAGCGGGGAGCGCCGAGGACGCUCGCGCACCCUCGCCAGCCUGCGCGCAAGGCAGAGCCCCCCUUCGGAUCCCGCCGCCCAGCCGGGAGACUUGGCUAUGGCUACGUCUAUACUUGGGGAAGAGCCACGCUUCGGGACCACGCCUUUGGCCAUGCUGGCCGCCACCUGCAACAAGAUCGGCAACACCAGCCCGCUGACCACCUUGCCGGAGUCGAGCGCCUUCGCCAAGGGCAGCUUCCACCCGUGGAAGCGCUCCACUUCCAGCUGCAACCUGGGCUCCAGCCUGUCCGGCUUCACGGUGGCCACGAGCCGCGGCUCGAGCGGGUUGGCCAGCGGCAGCGGCACGGCCAACAGCGCCUUCUGCCUGGCCUCCACGUCGCCCACGUCGUCGGCCUUCAGCAGCGACUACAGCGGCCUCUUCUCCAACUCGGCGGCGGCGGCGGCAGCGGCGGCCGGCGUUUCCCCCCAGGAGGCCGGCGGGCAGUCGGCGUUCAUCUCCAAAGUGCACAGCUCGGCGGCCGACAGCCUGUAUCCUCGCGUGGGCAUGGCGCACCCCUACGAGUCGUGGUACAAGUCCGGCUUCCACUCGACGCUGGCGGCGGGCGAGGUGGCCAACGGCGCGGCGUCGUCGUGGUGGGACGUGCACACCAACCCGGGCUCGUGGCUCGAGGUGCAGAACCCGGCCGGCGGCCUGCAGAGCCCGCUGCACUCGGGCGCCCCCCAGGCCUCCCUGCACUCGCAGCUGGGCACCUACAACCCGGCCGACUUCAGCUCCCUCACGCACUCGGCGUUCAGCUCCACGGGCCUGGGCUCGACGGCGGCGUCGCACCUGCUCUCCACUAGCCAGCACCUGCUCACGCAGGAGGGCUUCAAGCCCGUGCUCCCCUCGUACACGGACUCCAGCGCCGCGGUGGCGGCCGCCAGCGCCAUGAUUUCCGGCGCCGCGGCGGCCGCGGCAGCUGGGGGAGGCUCGGCGCGCUCCGCCCGGCGCUACUCGGGCAGGGCCACCUGCGACUGCCCCAACUGCCAGGAGGCCGAGCGUCUGGGGCCGGCGGGGGCGAGCCUGAGGCGCAAGGGCCUGCACAGCUGCCACAUCCCCGGCUGCGGGAAGGUGUACGGCAAGACGUCGCACCUCAAGGCGCACCUGCGCUGGCACACGGGCGAGCGGCCGUUCGUGUGCAACUGGCUCUUCUGCGGCAAGCGCUUCACGCGCUCCGACGAGCUGCAGAGGCACCUGCGGACUCACACGGGCGAGAAGCGCUUCGCGUGCCCGGUCUGCAACAAGCGCUUCAUGCGCAGCGACCACCUCAGCAAACACAUUAAGACGCACAACGGCGGAGGAGGGGGCAAAAAGGGCAGCGACAGCGACACGGACGCCAGCAACCUGGAGACGCCGCGCUCCGAGUCGCCCGACCUCAUCCUGCACGAGGCGCGGGGCAAGGACUCCACAGCGGGGCCCAACGACUCGUAGUAGGGGCUGAGGGAGGGCGGCGGCGGCGGCGGCGGGAGAAGUUUUGGCGGGACAGGUUUUGGCGGGAGAAGUUUUGGCGGGACACGGACGCGCCAAGGAAGAGGCCGGAGGAGAGGAGAGAGAAAGCGCGAGGAGAGGAAGCGGCGCGCGCGGAAAGGGAGGGGAGGGGGACGCCAAAGGCAACCCCAGAAGCAGCAGCAGCAG